UUUCCGUGUCAUUGAUAAAGCAACCUUGGAGUUAUAAAUAAUGUAUAUAUAGUUAGUUAUUGGGAACUAACGAGAGCAAUAUCGAUCCAUAUACAUCCACCGUAUCGAAGGUAAAUAAAAAAUAGACCAGUGUUGUAUAUAAGAUAUUCUAACUGAUGGCGGAUGAUCAGAAAUGAAAGUUGCAAGUGAAACAAAGAAUGGUACAGAAGAAAGGAAAACACGGUAUAAGAACAGGAAAUACAAUUAGAGCUGUCAAUACAAAAUACGUCAGACGUUACAGGAAAGAUGCGCAGAUUAUUCAAAGGGAGGCAACGCUAACGUUCAAUGAUCACACUGAAGGCUCAACUGACGUCAUAGAAUUGGCUGAUAUAUCCUGUACUGAUUUGUUCUUUUCUUUGAAUAAGAAGAAACGAUGGUUGCUACCAGAACUUUUAAAAGACGAGCAUGCAGAUGUGGAAUUUGGUCCUAUCAAUUUUGAAUUAGUUGAGAGACAUAAGCUUCUGAAAAAUUCCAACUGUCGUAGAAUAUUUAAAUCUUAUAUCACCUCAGAUGAAGAUGAAACGAUUCGCACACCUACACAUAUAAUCCCAAACAAUUACUAUGUUGAUGCAGACAAUAUUUUGAAAACCCAGUCUAUCUAUUCUAGACACUUUAAUAGACUGGUUUUUCUACACCUAUUUCAAAGCUCAUACCCUGAUGAAGAUGAUAUUGGAACAGAAAUUUAUAAAACAGUAUCUAAAAAAGACGAAGACUCCACUAUUAAACAGGAAGACGAUAGUUGUACUAAGGACGUGAAAGAUGAAUACCCCCGAGUUCGCUAUGAGGUAUUUUAUCCAUGUGAACUGACAAACGUUCUUACUAAAAAGCCAAAGCAAAUUGGAAACGAUACGAAAAAGAUUUUCAAAUGCCGCAAUUAUAACCGUAGACCAUGGACCCUUCAGGGCUACCAGUUUAAAAGAAGUCGAGCCAAAGAUAAAAGAGAUGAUAUAUAUGAUGAAAUCAGAGAAGGGCUUGAAGAUUACAGUCUUGAACGUGAUAACUACAAAAAAUACAAUGUAGUUGAAGAGAAUAAGAAUGUCAAUAGUCGACUUCUAAAAGAAAUUAAGAAUAAUGCUGCUAAAGCUCCACUGCAAACAGAAACAAAACUCUUGUCUGCAAAUGAACCAAUAAGUGUCAACUUGGCUAAAGAUAAUACAAAUUGCAAACGUUAUUUUAACAAUGAUAAUGAAAGGGCAUUGCCUAACAAUUUGCUUUUACCAGAAGAAAAAAGAAGUAUAUCAAAAUCUGAGACACAAUUAGACUAUGACGAUGAAGAAGAGUCAACUUUCUUUCCAAGAAAAAUUGUUUUGUUACCAGUAUGUGUUCUUCUUAGACAGGAAGAAAUCGAUGUCAGUGAACUACACCGUCAAUAUGGAGAUGACGUUUUAGAGUGCAACAGUAGUCCGCGACGAUUUGUCAUAAACAUUUCAAAAUACAUACAAGAUCUUGAUCUCGAAGGUAUAGGUUCAGCAUACAAGCUUCUUCGAAUAAUGAAUAAAAUCUUGUUAUCUUGGCUAAUUUUUGCACAUGAUCCAAUGAACAAGCUCAACAGUGUAACUGAAAAAGCAUUUAAUGUGAGUCUUAAUGCAAAUUUUACUGAACAUAUAACACGGGUAAGGAUAGAAGGCCUUGUUGAGGGCACCACGGUAUCGAUUGCCACUGUUAUUGAAAAAACAAUCAACUAUCUCAAAAAUCUUCCACGAGAAUCCAUGAUAUUUGAAAAGAAGCCAAACGUAACAAAAUAUCGUCCAAUUGUUAAAUCCGAUAGUUUACUUGCAGAAAUGAAACGCUGGUCAUGUUGGACAUACAUUCCUGAUAAUUUCUACGUCUUGAAACAUGUAAUGGAAUCUUCUAUGUCCAUUUCCGAAGAAAAGGAAUCAGUCAUACAUGAGAAGGGUGAUCAGUCAAAGAAAAGAAUUUGCAGCAUUUGUUACAAAAACAAAAAUGCUAUGAUUGCGUUACUGUCAUGUUUCCACGUCUUUUGCAAUGCAUGUUGGGAAGCAUAUAUUCAUGAAAAAAUUGAACUGGGUUCAUAUUUGAUAUAUUGCCCUCAGGAAGAUUGCAGUAAACAAGUAGAUAUUGGUACAAUUAUGUCAUUCCUAAGUGUAAAGGAAAUUUUGGCGUUUGCGAGACGAUAUCAUAAUAAUACAGUAGAGAAAAAUAAAUUAGCUAAGUGGUGCACAAACGAAACGUGUGGACGGGUUAUUAUAGUAAAUGCAUCGCGUUCAAAAUUAGUUAGAUGUCAUUGUGGGGAAUUGCUUUGCUUUGUGUGUCUCGGGACUCCGCAUUGGCCUCUACCGUGUAGGAAGUAUUUAGACUAUGUUCAGAUCUUAUUAGAAACGCGCGACAAAAAUAUUUCUCCCAACGAAUUCGUAAUCAAGUUUGAUGUCAAGUAUUGUCUCGUAUGUUUCAAAGUCGUCAAACAUUACGAUAGAUGUAUGACCAUAGACUGUCCUUGUGGAAGUGUCCUUUGUUUCCGAUGCUCUUACCUUUGGCAUGCUAGAAAAAUGCCUUUCCACCAAUUUCGAGAAAACACUACCGCAAGUACAAAAUCACGCGAUAGCUACAUUGCUGCAUUAUCGACGACACAGAAUAACACUUUCUCUUUAAAUAAGAGGACAAAAUGGUACAAACUUGCAAUGAAACAUCGCUUAAAUCAACAUCCUUACAGGCUUGCAAAAAUUCAGGCUAGUUCCAAGCUUCUCGCGAAUCGGAUUAAUCACUUCAUUUUGCGGGAGGAGAGAAAAGGUACCUACGUAAAUAUAGAUUUUGCAGGCGAUGAUGCGUCAUUUAUACGAGAGUCGGAGAGAGCAACAAACUAUAUGACACACAUUGUAAACAUGUAUAAAGAAACGAGUAGCAUUAUUGAAAACACAGUCUUCUCUUUGAAUGAAGAAACUGGCGAAGACCAUGAAGCAAACGCAUUGUUACAUCGACGGGCAAUGAUAAUGUCCACCUGUGCCAAGACCAUUUUUGACUUGAUUAAAGAUGGUGCUUUUUUAAAUGCAAAAGUUGUCAUCGAGCGAUUGAAUAGCACAAGAAAGGAAAUAAGAAGAGUAAUGGAGUGUAUCGUAAAAGAUUUAUGAAUGCUUUGCAAAACAUCGAGAUGCUGACAGAAAUACCAACGGUACAUUACAAGCUGACCAUUUUUACACGAAGAAGUAAAUGAUCAAAAUGCCGUGUUACUCGUAAUCCGCUUUUUACUUAAAUCCUCACAGUUCACACUAUAUUAUAUCUUGGUCUAUACUACCUCUAGUACCACUUCCUUGUUAUAUUAAAGUUAAAAUAAAUUUUUAAAAUA